GUAAUGUGAAUCAACUGUGUACAUGUAGCUGUACUGUAGCCAAGGUAGGCGCGGUCCAAGAAGCUAUUACAGGUCAAAUCUGCUGAUUAUUUCGUCACUUUUAGCAGCAUUAACACUUAACAGCAUCAUGGAUUUGACCCCUUUAGAAAUCAAUCAGAUCGCGAAUCUAGUCGAUAUCAAUGUCGUCCGAAAACUCGGAUUACAUCUUGGACUCGCGCAUGCAGAGAUUCAACGGUACGAAAAGACGAACAAUCAAAACCCUUCACAGUGCACAGGUACGGAGGACAUGCUAGUUGCAUGGCACAGGAACGGCGGGACGAGGGAAAUGCUUUGCAGGGCUCUCGGAGUAGUCGAGCAAACCAGAUUAGCCUUCAGAAUUGAAAGUGGUGAGUUUCGGGCUGAACCAGUUGCUGCCGUUCCAGUUGCUGCCGUUCCAGUUGCUGCUGUUCCUUUGAGGCCAAAUUCUACGUCUAGGGUACAAACAACUGGUGAGCCUGAGGCUGCCUUACAUGUACAAUCCACCAACAGCAAUAGUCAGCGCCCAAGACAAGGCAAGGUCGCAGAGAGAGUCAAUAUCGAAUACGUCAUACCCCGCCUUGCCGAGGACAUCAACAACAGCUGUGUCGGCAAGCUCGGUCAGGCCCUUAAUUUCAGACCAGCCCAAAUCAACAGGUAUGAAUCAACAAACCACAUGACGGGCAGGGUAACGGUGAAAGGUACCACAAGCAUGCUGUACGAUUGGAAGAGUAGGACGUCUGUAAGGGUGCAGAAGGAAGAACUUAGAGCAGCACUCAUCCAAGCAGAAAUGAUCGAAAUUGCAGACGAGCAUCUACCACUGGAAUAAAAUGCUUCCAGAUUCAGAAGAGGAGGAUAUCACUUCUCAAGUACUACCAGCAACGUUUGGCAAUGAUGAAUCGUAUGGAAGACAAGGUCACCAGCCAAUGUGAAGAGUAGUCUUUGAUGACAGGCUCCUUAUAAACUGAUAAAGGACAGAAUUGGAGACUUGAACAGAGCGGUACAAAGAGAUAUUCCGGGGGAAGAUGAUCAGGAUCAUUGUUCAUCACCUUCCGUUUGGGAUCGCGCCAUACUGUACUAGCCAAUAUUUUUCCAUAAAGAUAUUUUUUGCUGAUCAAGGAUUCAAGGGCAAAUUUGCAAGUUGUUAAAAAUCAUAUAUAGCCACAACAACUACGAGGUACUUCUUAAUAAUUAGGUACCAACUUGCAAGUUGUACUGCAAUGUUCGUUGAUUUUUCUAUUUUCUGUGUGUACCUUUGCUGAGUGUGCAUCAGCUACAUGUACAGUAUGUGUGACUUGCGUGACCUGUUUAAAGCACGACAUGUCAUGAUGUCAGUAUGUUAUUCUAUUUCGGUGGAUCAUGAACUCAUCACUGAAUAUCAUAAUCAUUGUAUCAUAAGCAUUGUUUCGGCAGAAUUAAAUGAAAUAUAUCCAUUGAAGUUCCUGAUUACAAUCAGUGUAGUUGCAAGCUGCGCCACAUGACUCCAGUGAAGGCUCAUGCCAUAUAGUGUAUAAAUGCCUAGUGACUAGGCUUAUUUUAGUGACUUUGAAAUGCGACAUUACGUGCUAUGUCAGACCUCUGUACCUAUUAAAAGGCUGGGUAAAACUUAUUAUCAUUCAAUCCAAAAUAUUUUUAACUCAAGUGAGUUCUGGGAAAUGUAAACAAAUUAUUUGUGAUUUUUUUCAUUCUUUUUAUGUUAGUAUGGAAGAGUAUGAUCUAAAAAAUUUUACCUGAGAAGUAUUGAUCUUCAAUUGCCCUCAUAAUCAAAAUAUGAGAAGUAACUACUUAAGGUUGUGGACCACAACUUUCAUACCGCAUGUUUGUAUAGCCCCACGUAUAGUGUAUAUAUCAAGAUUAUCUUUCUAUGGUGAUACAUACCAUCACCAAGUUUGAAGUGCAUAUUUCAGGUGGUUUUUGAGAUAUCGCAAUAGCAAAAAAGCAGGACGGAUGGACAUACAACUCCAAAAACAUAUUUUCUACGGAAUCACCUUCAAUGGGCGGAUGCAAAAUUACAGUUGUCAUAAUGGGAUGACGCAAAAUAAUAUAAUUUGCUUGCCGAACUUCUUUCUAUGUCUUCAGGUGUAGCAAGAAUUAAUAUCUGUUUACCUGUUGCGUUUGGAAUUGGAGGUCAAUUGAGUAAUUCGUCUGAUGGGCCACAUUUCUGUGUGACUAUACUAUAGUGGUGUCCAGAAAAUAUCUAGGAUUAACAAAGUUAAAUUAGUAAAUUAUUAAAACAUCCAUGGGGCCUGAAAAAAUUGACACCUCUGUAAAUUGUGGCAAAUGUAUAGAACACAUAGCACUUACUAUCUCUAUAGUAAAAACUGACUUUACUUUUUAAUAAAUAGUUUGCUAUGUUUUCUGGUGUAGCAAGAAUUAAUAUCUGUUUACCUGUGCUGUUUGGAAAUUGAGGUCCAUUGAGUAAUCCGUCUGAUAGGCCAAAUGAUCACUUGGUGUGGUAAUUCACUUGUUAUCCAGAUAUCUGUGUUUAGUUAUAUUGAGUUUGAGUUUGAGUUUGAGUUUGAGUUUU